AUGCCGGGCGAGAUCCGCAGCCUCUCUACCACCACCGAUGUCAACCGCAUCGAGGCCCCCGUCACCUGGAAGGCCUACCUCAUCUGCGCCUUCGCCUCAUUCGGAGGCAUAUUCUUUGGCUACGACUCGGGUUACAUCAACGGCAUCAACGGCUGCAAGGAGUUUAUCCAUGUCAUCGAAGGCCCUAAUGCCACCGCCCUCUCUUCGUCCCACCAGUCUUUGAUCGUCUCCAUCCUGUCCUGCGGAACCUUCUUUGGUGCUCUCAUUGCCGGCGACGUUGCCGAUAUCAUUGGAAGAAAAUGGACCGUCAUCAUGGGCUGUGUUAUCUAUGCCCUCGGCGUCAUCAUUCAGAUGGCCACCGGACCUGGUCAUGGACUCGGCGUCAUCGUUGCCGGCCGUCUGGUCGCAGGAUUUGGAGUAGGAUUUGAAAGCGCAGUCGUCAUUCUCUACAUGAGCGAGAUCUGCCCUAAGAAGGUUCGAGGCGCCCUGGUGUCCGGCUACCAAUUCUGCAUCACUAUCGGUUUGCUCCUGGCCGCGUGCGUGACCUACGGCACAGAGAACCGCACCAAUACAGGCGCCUACCGCAUUCCAAUUGCCAUCCAAUUCAUCUGGGCCAUGAUCCUUGGUGGAGGCUUGGUGUUCUUGCCAGAUUCGCCCCGAUACCAUGUCAAACGAGGGCACAUCCAGAGAGCUAUUGACUCUCUGUCUCGGCUGCGUGGCCAGCCUAGCGACUCGGAGUACAUUCAAGUGGAACUGGCCGAGAUCAUCGCCAACGACGAGUAUGAGCGACAGAUCAUUCCUAGUUCUGGCUGGUUCUCCAGCUGGGCAAACUGCUUCAAGGGCGGUCUCCGAGAUCAAAGAUCCAAUCUCCGCCGGACGAUUCUGGGUACUUCUCUCCAGAUGAUGCAACAAUGGACGGGUGUCAACUUUAUCUUCUAUUAUUCCACUCCCUUCCUGCAAUCCACCGGGGCCAUCUCCAACACUUUCUUGAUCUCGCUGAUCUUCACUCUGGUCAAUGUCUGCUCGACCCCGAUCUCGUUCUACACCGUCGAGCGAUUCGGCCGCCGCCCACUUCUGAUCGGUGGUGCCUUCGGUAUGCUGAUCUGCCAAUUUCUCGUCGCCAUCAUUGGCGUGACCGUGGGUUUCAAUAAGACACACCUCAAUGCUGCCGGCGAGAGCCGUGCCAACAACAUCCCGGCAGUCAACGCCCAGAUUGCCUUUAUUGCCAUCUUCAUCUUCUUCUUCGCCUCCACCUGGGGUCCCGGUGCCUGGGUUCUUAUUGGCGAGAUCUUCCCUCUCCCCAUUCGAUCACGUGGCGUUGGUCUGUCGACUGCCUCUAACUGGCUGUGGAAUACUAUCAUUGCUGUCAUCACUCCCUACAUGGUCGGUCCAAAACACGGCAACUUGCGCUCAUCGGUGUUCUUCAUCUGGGGCGGUCUCUGUACCGCAGCCUUUGUGUAUUCCUACUUCCUCGUCCCGGAGACCAAGGGCCUGUCGCUCGAGCAAAUUGACAAGAUGAUGGAAGAAUCCACUCCUCGAACAUCCUCUAAGUGGAAACCUUCAAAGACUUUCGCCCAUCACAUGGGUGGCGAGGGCGGUGUGCUCAACAGCGAAAUCAUCGCCGAGGCUGAGCGCAAGGGCUCCGUCUUUUAG